AUGCCGGGCUUAAUAGCCAUGACAUCAGUCUUUGUAGUAGUGGGCGUGGAGAUGUUCUUCGCAUCGAGGGGAGCAGGCCAUUCGCAUUCGACUGGCUACGAAAACCUAGGCCUUGACGAUCACGCUGCGGCUGCGCGCCCGGGCCACAAGAGAAGCCAUAGCUAUGGGAGGUUCAGCAACGGCACACCAGGAGCGAAUGGCCACAUACCGGGCAUCAUGCUGCACGAUGUGGAAUCUUCGGCCAAUCUCAUGGCAGGCCGAUCACCGUCCUUCUCUCUGGCAUCGCCGAUGACGCCUAAUGAUUCGAUAAGCCGGAAGUCCAUUGACGACGACAAUGACUCAGAUCUUGAGAUAAGCAGGGAAGAGCUCGCCCGUCAAGAUGAGGAGAACUCAGAAGACGAGUCUCGCCUGCUGCCCGGCCCUCAUGCCCACAAUCAUGCCCACCAACCUGGCGGCGAAUCCUCUGAAGAUGUGGAGAAAACGGAAGCCCAGAACAAGAAACUGCUCUUGCAAUGUCUACUGCUCGAAGCUGGAAUCCUCUUCCACUCCAUUUUCAUAGGUAUGGCGCUCUCGGUCGCCACUGGCACCGCCUUCAUCGUCUUCCUCAUAGCCAUCUCUUUCCACCAAACCUUCGAAGGCUUCGCACUCGGCUCCAGAAUCAGCGCCAUUCGCUUUCCAGCCGGAUCGCCGAAACCGUGGCUAAUGGCUCUAGCUUACGGGACUACCACACCCAUUGGCCAGGCAAUAGGGUUGGCAAUACACACCCUGUACGACCCAGCAAGUGAAGCUGGCUUACUAACCGUGGGAUUCAUGAACGCCAUAUCCAGUGGCUUGUUGCUAUUCGCUGGCUUGGUGGAGCUCCUUGCUGAAGAUUUCUUGAGCGACGAAAGCUACGUGACUUUACAGGGGAAGCGGCGACUACAGGCCUGUGCCAGUGUCGUAGCAGGGGCGUUGCUGAUGGCACUAGUCGGCGCAUGGGCAUAG